UGCUUUCCUCGUUGCUUUCUCCGCAGCGAAGGAGCUCUGCGCAUGCCCGUUACGACACACAGCGUGGUUGCAUUGCACGCCUUGCUCGCUGCUACUAUUUACCGCUGACAUUCUAGCAUCUGGUUCCCUUACCUCCCUCUGCUGACAUUCCCCCUCCGAAGCAUUUCCGGGUUGUGUCAUGUUAGUCAUCGCAAGAACGAUUCAUCCGCGUACUAUCCUGAGUUCAGACGGUGACCCAAGCUCCUAAGGCGCGUUCCGAGCUCAGACAUUCAUCCGCGUUCAUUCUACGAUCCUGAGUUCAGGCGUUGUCCUGAGUACAAGCUCCUAAGCUGCUAGUGCCAUUUCGUACAGACCCAUCAGGCUCGGAUUCCACCGUGGCGCGAUUAGUCGGACCUGCAAACGAUAGCAGCAUUACUCCGCUUGCCUUCUAGCCUGUCCCGGAGGGAAUGAUAGAGAAGCGAGGACCAACACAACCACAUUGCCUUCUAGCCUGUCCCGAAGGCUCAUGGCGGAAUCUUGACCAGCUGCUGCCACGUGUAACGUCGCCAGAGAUGUCGUUCGUCCGGCGAGCCGCGCGAUGGCUGCCCCUUGCAAUCGCCGCGCUCGUCAUUACCUCGGCACUCGUCCUCCUGGUUCCUUCAACUCCCGCACAGCACGCCAUUCUCACCCUCCGCAAUACCCUCGUCCAAAGCGGUGGCAGCGACGUUCCAGAACCGUCCGAUCUCCACCAAGCGGCUGCGUCUGUCCAUAGAUCUUCUCGACUGGCAUCGGACCCCUCGGUACAAUCUCCUGCAGUGCAGCAGCACCCUGAAUCCGCCGCUCUCCCCAGCAGCACCAGCAAGCGCAGCGGCGGAGGUGGCGGCGGCGGCGGCGGGAGUAACGGGGACGCUACUAACGAGGACGAAUCGAACACGUUCACUGACAUACCGAAUGACCUGCAGGCGAGGACUCUCCACCACUCAGACCUUCGCGAGCUGAGCCAAUCCCACGGAGGGUCGGGGGGCGCAGGGGUGAUUCUCGAGUCAGCUCAAAAGACACCACAGCUGAGCCAAUCCCACGGAGGGUCGGAGGGUGCAGAGGUGAUUCUCGAGUCAGCUCAAAAGACACCAGAGCUGAGCCAAUCCCACGAAGGACCAGAGGAAGAAGAGAUAGACCCAUGGCUGGAGAGCCUGUGCCUGGGAAAGCGCAGGAAUGACCUCUGCGACUGGGACCACAAGGGGAGAGGGGAGAGAGGGGCAGGGCAUUUCCAAGUAGGUGCUUCUGGGUUGUCUGGGAGCCACUUGGG